AUGGCGAGUCACGACUUGUCAGACAUCAAGACGCCCCCGUCUUGCACGGCAGAUUUCUGCCUCAUCCCGCUGGGCACGCCGACGGCGAGUGUGUCCAAGGAGGUCGCGGAGGUGCAGAGGAUCUUGAAGAGGAGCGGGCUGAGCUACUCGAUGCAUUCGGCAGGGACAACUCUUGAGGGAUCAUGGGAUGACUGCAUGCGAGUUAUUGGACAGUGCCAUGCUCUGCUUCAUCAGAACGGCGUUGUCAGGAUCCAGAGUGACAUCAGGAUUGGCACGAGAACAGACAAGAAGCAAGGCUUCAAGGACAAGGUGGCUGCUGUAGAGAAGCUGUUGGAGGGCGACAAUUGA